CAUUUAUCGCUGCCUACCCACUCAUCCUCUCAACCACCGCCACUGCGCUCCCCUCCCGGCCCCGCCCGAGGCCCCAUGGGGCGGGCCCUGAACCACCCCCGCAGCCGGGCCGGGCCGGGACGAGCCCCAGCGUGGGGAGGGCAGCGAAUUCCCGGGGGAAGUUUGUGCCUCGCUGCGCCCCGUACCGCCUCAAGCACUCGGCUCCACGUUGGUCGCGCAGGCGCAGCGACGCGCUCACCUGCUGAGGAAGGGGGGGACCCGAGGACGGUGAGGUGCCGGCCGCGGCCGAGCGGGGCAGGGGCUCGGUUCCAGUGCCAUCUCACUGCAGGGGGCAAGAGAAGAGGAGGAGGAGGAGGGCGACGAGGACUACGAGGGAGGCAGCGCGCUCCUCUCGCCGCCGGACCCGCCGCCAUGUUCAAGAAGCUGAAGCAGAAGAUCAGUGAGGAGCAGGCGCCGCCGCGCGGCGCUGGGGGCCGGGCCGCCCCCCUCCAAUCUCAGGUCCCCCCCAGGUCUCCUCCACCAACUGUCAAAAGAAGCAGAUCAUCUUCAUUGGCAGAGCAGAAUGAUGAAGGCACUUUAACACCAGACAAAGAGCUUCUAGCCGGGAUGAUAGCAGAGCCUGCUUUUCUCUCUGAGUAUACUAUCUUUGCUUUGGAUCCCACCAAGCAACUUAAGCCACAGAGUGACGGUGUGAAUUUACCUAAGCAAUUGGUUCCCAGAUCAACUGAAAACAAUGGAAGUGAGCCAGCAUCCCCUCAGCCAAAUGAUGCUCAGUCUUUCACCCAGCGUCUUCAGCUCCGAGUUCCAUCCAUGGAGUCAUUGUUUCGAAGCCCAGUAAAAGAGUCCCUGUUCCGCUCUUCUUCUAAAGAGUCUCUGGUACGAACAUCCUCAAGAGAUUCACUGAAUCGACUGGAUGUGGAUGCAACUGGUCCCACCUUUGACCCACCUUCUGACAUUGAAAGUGAGACAGAGGAGGUUUCAGGAAAUGCAGACAGCCUCAGCAAGGAGCAGCUGUUGCAGCGACUGCGCCGAAUGGAGCGCAGCUUGGGCAACUACAGAGGGAAAUACACCGAGCUGGUGUCUGCUUAUCAAGUUAUCCAGCGAGAGAAGAAGAAGCUACAGGGCAUCCUGAGUCAAAGUCAGGAUAAAGCACUUCGCAGAAUUGGAGAACUGAGAGAGGAGCUCCAGAUGGAUCAACAAGCUAAGAAACAUCUCCAGGAGGAAUUUGAUGCUUCCUUAGAAGAAAAGGAUCAACUUAUUAGUGUUCUGCAAACUCAGGUAUCAUUGCUGAAGCAGAGGUUACAGAAUGGUCAGAUAGGCACUGAGUUACCUGAUCCAAAUAACCAGUCUGAACCACAAGUUCAAAGUCAAACGAAAGAAAUCAAUUCAGAAAAUAUGAUGGAACCAGGAAGUGAUGAGGGUAAUGAAGAUUCUGUUAAAACACUGGAAACUCUUCAUCAGAGGGUGAAGCGCCAAGAGAACUUGCUGCAACGCUGCAAGGAGAUGAUUCGGUCACACAAGGAGCGCUGUGCCCAGCUAACCAACGAGAAAGAGGCACUGCAGGAACAGUUGGAAGAGAGACUUCAGGAGCUAGAGAAAAUGAAGGACCUUCACAUGGGUGAGAAGACAAAACUGAUUACACAGCUGCGUGAUGCAAAAAAUUUGAUUGAGCAACUAGAACAGGACAAGGGUAUGGUAAUUGCAGAGACAAAGCGGCAAAUGCAUGAAACAUUGGAAAUGAAAGAGGAAGAGGUAGCUCAGCUGCGUGCUCGGAUCAAGCAGAUAACUACACAAGGCGAGGAAUUAAAAGAGCUGAAAGAGAAGUCUGAAAGAGCUGCUUUUGAAGAGCUUGAGAGGGCUUUGAGUGUGGCCCAAAGAACAGAAGAAGCCCGGAAAAAAUUACAGGCAGAAAUGGAUGAAAAAAUCAAAGCUGUAGAAAAGGCAAGUGAGGAAGAGAGGGUAAACCUUCAGCAAGAGUUGACCAGAGUGAAGCAAGAGGUGGUUGAGAUUAUGAAGAAGUCUUCAGAAGGUCGUGUUGCUGAACUGGAAAAAUUACAUAAAAAAGAAAUGGCUACCAAAGAUCAGGAGCUAAAUGAGAGAUUGCAGGCCCAAGAAAGAGAGUUCCAGGAGAAGAUGAAGGCAGCUCUUGAGAAAAAUCAGAGCGAGUGUUUAAAAACUCUUCAAGAGCAAAAGCAACAGGAGUCCCUAGCCUUAGAAGAACUAGAGCUGCAGAAGAAAGCAAUACAGUCAGAAUGUGACAAAAAACUUGAGGAGAUGAAUCAGGAAGUAGAGACUUUUAGAACUAGAAUUCUUGAAUUGGAGAGCUCUCUUGCAAAUUGCUCACAAGAUGACAGAAAGCGUUCAGAGGAAUUAAACACUUUGAUGGAAUCUGAAAAAAAGCAGCAUAGCAAGGAAGUGAGUGAUAUAGUUGAAAAACACAAGGAGGAACUGGAUAACGUGAAGCAGCAGCAGGAAAAACUUUGGACAGAAAAACUUCAGAUUUUACAGCAGCAACAUGUAAUUGAAAUAGAAAAAAUGAGAGAGAAGCAAGAACAAGAGAUAGAUACGAUACUGAAAGAGAAAGAAACAGUUUUCCGUACACAUAUAGAAGAGAUGAAUGAAAAAACAUUAGAAAAACUUGAUGUGAAACAAACAGAAUUGGAAACACUGUCAUCUGAGCUAUCUGAAGCACUAAAAGUACGUCAAGAUUUAGAACAAGAGCUCUCAGAAUUGAAAAGCAAAGUAGGUGAAGCAAAGCAAGAAUUUGAAGGAAAGUUGGAAGCAGAGAGAAAUCGGCACAAAGAAGAGGUUGAAAUUAUGUUAAAAGAGCAUGAGAUGUCUAUUCAAGGAGUCGAGAAGGUACUGAAGGAGGAACUAAACCAAAUGAAGCAAUCAUUGGAGGAGAAGGAGAGACUGCUGGAGGAAAUAAAAGCACGUGAGCAAGAACUAAAGGAAUCUGCACAAAGAUCUGAAGCUGAACUUGUCCAGGUGUCUGCAAGGCUAACAGAGGCUUCCCUAUCUCAGCAAAAUACUUCUAAUGAGCAGGUAAAACAAUAUGAAGAGGAAUUAGCAAAUCUCCAGCAAAAGCUGAAGGAAUUGAAAGGAGAAAAAUUGCAACUUAAUGAGCAGUUAGUAAAUACUGAAUCCCAGCUGAAUGAAGUAAAGAGUGAGUUAGAAUUAUACAUCUCUCAGGUACAGGACCUGAAGCAACAUUUGCAGGAGCAAAGCGAUGAAAAUUCCCAGAAAGUAACGUCUCUAACACAACAGUAUGAAUGUAAACUGAAGGAUCUGCAAGAAGAGGCUGAUAAGGCAAAGCAAAGUCUAACUGAGAGGGAAAAUGACAUCGAACAUGUGAAAAAGGUACAGAAUGAACAAAUGGAAGAGCUGAAACAGAAACUGUUGGCCACGGAGGAGAGAAUUAGUACUUUACAAGGAGACUAUGAAAAUAAGCUAAAACGUCAGGAAAACAAACUGGAGAAAAUGAAGCAGAAAUCAAAAGAUAUGCAGGAAACCUUCAAAAAGAAACUUGCUGAGCAAGAAUCUAAGCUAAAGAAAGAGCUUGAAAAUAAGCAAUUGGAGUUCAGUCAGAAAGAGAGUGAAUUCAAUGCUAAAAUGUUGGAAAUGGCACAUGCCAGCUCAGCCGGAAUCAAUGACGCUGUGUCAAAACUGGAGUCUAAUCAGAAGGAGCAACUGGAGAGUCUUGCUGAGGCUCACAAGAGGGAGCUGGAAGAAAUUAGCCGAAGUUGGGAAAAGAAACUCAAUCAGCAGGCUGAAGAGCUCCAGGAAAAACAUGAAAUGGAAAUGCAAGAGAAAGAGCAGGAACUUGGAGAUCUAAAAGAGAAACUUGCCACCUUCAGUGCUGAGAUGAGUGCUCUGUCAAAUAAUGAAAGUGGCUUGAAAGCACAGCUCCAAAAGCUGGAGGGUGAUCUUAGUCAGUCCCUGAAAGAGAAAUCAGGACUUCAGGAACAGAUCAGUAGGCAGAAAGCAAUUGAAGAGAAGGACAAAGCCAGAAUUACUGAGCUGGCUGAUAAGCUGAAAACCCUGGAGGAGAGACUCCAAACUGUGCAGUCUUCUCACAAUAAGGACUGUGAAAAUUAUGAGAAAAAAAUUGAGGCUUUUCAGCUGCAAGAAACUGAGGUUAAGGAGCUUGUAGCACAAUUAAAUGCUUAUUGGAAGAGCGCUGAAGACCUAUUGCAAACAAAAAGCAAUGAAUUAAUUGAAAAAUGUAAUGAAAAAAUUGGCAUAGUAACAUGCAAAAUUGCAGAUUGUGAGCGCCAAACUACAAAAGUUAAAGAAGCAGUAAUUGUUAAAGUGAAUAAGUCAGUGCAACAGCUGCAAGAAAAGGACAAUGUAAUUAAGUCCAUGAGGGCUGAUAUUGAAGGACUUGUAACAGAAAAGGAACAACUGCAAAAAGAAGGAGGGCAUCAGAAGCAAGCAGCAACAGAAAAAGAAACUUGCAUAACACAGCUCAAGAAAGAGUUAUCAGAAAAUAUCAAUGCUGUCACCUCAAUGAGGGAGGAACUCCGGGAAAAAGAAUCAGAGAUCUCAACUCUCAACAAAACAAUAAAUGAGCUUAACAUUAGACUUGAAAGCAUGGUAAGCAUAACAGAGAAAGAAGCAGCCAUCUCUCUAUUAAGCACACAACAUCAAGAGGAGCGGUUGCAGUUGUUAAACCAGGUUCAGGAGUUAUCAUCCAGUGUUGAGUUGCUGAAACAAGAAAAAGCAUCAGCUCUUGAGCAGGUAGAUCUCUGUACAGCCAAGCUGUCAGAGUGGAAGUCAAAAGCACAAACGAAGUUUACACAAAAUCAUGAAACUAUUAAAGAUUUGCAGAGCAAACUUGAGGUAAGCAAUAUGCAAGCCACUAAAAAAGAUGAAGAGCUAAAGAAGCUGAAGGAGGAGCUGGCUCAGCAAGGCAAGGAUCUUGAUAGUUUAAAAAGUGCACUGGAAGAAAAGGAAAAUAGGAUAGAAAAACAAGAAACUGAGUUAACUGCAGAGUUGAAAAUCCAAGCAGCAAGAGUUGCUGAACUGGAAGAACGCAUUGCACUGAAAACUUCAGAAAAUGAUUCCUUGAUGGAGGAACUUAAAAGGUAUAAUGAGCAAAAAGACGUGGAGCAAAAAAAGGUAGCUUUGCAACUCCAGCAGGCAGAGAAGGUUGCUUUUGAAAAAGACAAUAGAUUUAAGGAGGCUGAAGAAAGAGUGCUCAAUCUUGAAAAGGAAAUAAGUUCUCUGAAAGCUGAAUGUGAAGCAAAAGAGAGAGAAUUUGAUCAAAUGAAAUCAGCAAUACUUAAAAGCAAAGAGGAGGAACUGAGAGAGUUAGAAGAGAGACUGAAUGCAGAGAAUAGCACUAAGUUGGCAGAUCUGAAAAAGAAGGCAGAGCAAAAAAUUGGUUCAAUUAAAAGGCAAUUGACGUCUCAGAUGGAAGAAAAGGAACAGCAAUUAAAACAAGAUAGGGAGAAUCAGGUAAGACUUUUGGAACAAGAAGUGCAGGAAAGAGAGGCCAAAAUUGAAUCCCUAGAAGAAAAGGUGAAGUCAACAAGAGAUUCCACAGAAUUAGAGAGAGAAAUGCUGCAAAAAAUAGAGAGUGCUAAAGCUGCUAUAGAGCAAGAAAAAAAUGAAAUACUUAACAGUGUCCAACAGUCAUAUGAAGAGAAAAUUAACAAGCUACAGAAGGUCUUGAUAGAAAAAAGUGAGUUGUUGCAGAAGUAUGAAAGUGAACAACCUGAAGGUAUAGACUCUCUUCUAGAACUGCAAAACAAACAGGAAGAACUCCUUAAAAAAUUGGAAUGUGCUGAGAAGAGACAGAGAGAGGAGCAGACUGUGACUGAAAAUCUCAGGAAGGAGCUUGAAGAGCAGGCUAAAAAAUAUUCUUUGCUAGUGGAUGAGCAUGCUCAGUGUGGUGAUGAUUUAGCAAGUAGUAGGGAAGAACUGAAAGCUAAAGAUCAAAAAAAUUUGGAUAUGGAGAAUAUAAUUGGAGAUUUCCAGAAAAAAAUGCAGGAAAAAGAUGCAGUCAGUCACUCUUUAGAACAGAAGGUGAGAGAAUUGGAAGAUAAUCUAAAUAAAGUAAAUGAAGUGCAUAGGAUAGAGAUGGAAGACAGCAGCUUGAAAUAUGAAGAAAACCUAAAGAGUUUACAGCAACAGCUGGAAGAAAGAAAUGACCGCUUAAAAGCUUUUGAAGAAAAUGCUGAAGAAAAGAAUAAAUCUGGUUUGGAGCUGCAGAAGUUACUGGAUGAUAUGCAAAACCAGCAGAAGGACUUGCAAGCUAAACUGGAGGAGACUGAAAGGGAGAAACAGAAACUACGUAAAGAUGUAAAUAGUCUUCAAAAGGACCUGCGUACUCUGCGAAAAGAACAUCAGCAGGAGCUUGACAUAGUUAAGAAGGAGUCCUUAGAAGAAAUGGAGCAGAAAAUCAGGUGUGAGCAAGAAGACAUUGAAUUAAAGCACAAUUCUACAUUAAAGCAGCUAAUGAGAGAGUUCAAUACUCAGCUCGCUCAAAAAGAAAUGGAAUUGGAAACAGCUGUAAAAGAGACUAUCAGCAAAGCCCAAGAGGUAGAAUCUGAAUUGAUAGAAAAUCAUCAGAUAGAGACAACACAGUUGCAUAAAAAAAUCGCAGAAAAAGACGAUGAUCUGAAAAGAACUGUGAAAAAAUAUGAAGAAAUCCUUGAGGCUCGUGAAGAAGAAAUGACAACAAAAGUUCAUGAGUUGCAGACACAGUUAGAAGAGUUGCAAAAGGAGUACAAGCAAAGGAUGGCAGAAAAGGACCAUCGAAACAGUGAAAAUGUAGCAAUAGCUGAACUUCAGGCACAGCUUGCACAGAAGACAACGCUAGUCAACGAUUCAAAGUUGAAAGAGCAGGAGUUCAGGGAGCAGAUUCAUGUACUGGAAGACAGACUAAAAAAUUAUGAAAAGAAAAUGUAUGUCACAUCAGUUGGAACACCAUACAGAGAUGGAAAUCUUCAUCAUACUGACGUUUCUCUCUUCGGAGAGCCCACUGAGUUUGAAUACUUGAGGAAAGUGCUUUUUGAAUAUAUGAUGGGUCGUGAGACAAAGACAAUGGCCAAGGUUAUAACAACAGUGCUGAAGUUCCCAGCUGAUCAGACUCAGAAGAUACUGGAACGAGAAGAUGCACGACCAUUGUUUGCCUCACCUCGCAGUGGUAUCUUCUGAAUAUUCCAUCAGUCUGUGCGUAGUUAGCAUGUGGUCAUGGCUACGACCAUCCUGAGGAAAUCACAGUGAGAAUGUCUCAUAACAGUGCUGCUUAGAAAUACGUUCAUAUCUCUGUUUUUUUGCCCCUUGAGAAGGGGGCGAGAAGAAAAGCUAUUAUUCAAGGUCACAAAUGGAACAGCAAGAACCAAAGCUCAGCACCACCUUUGGACCAUGAAUAUAGUUGAAACUGCCUUGACAAGAAACACUAAUCAGGGGUUAUCUGGGGAUGAGCCUUUUUUCUCUUCGAUUGAACACUCUCUUCUAUUUUGUGUUAAAGGUUAUUUUUUUAAAGGAGAGAAAAGACUUAUCCUAGGAAGGAAUUGCCCAUUCCUGUAUCUAUACAGGUGUCACUGGGUGUUUUUUAAGAGUUGAACUAAAUGGUUUGUCUCUUCUAUUUAUUUUUUUAUUUUUGAAUGAAUAGUGCAAUACAUUUUUGGAUGGAUAGCAGUUGAGGUGAUUUUCCGGAUGAACUGGGCACUCUUGUUUGACUACUCCUCCACUGAUUUGAUCUUCUGAUUGUUUGCUAAAGGUCACUUCCUAUAUGCUUUUGCCUACAAUAAAUCCGAAUUGCUGUACCUCAUUUGUUUACUUCUAGCUUUUGUACGUAUAUUUUCUGGGGGAAAAAAAAAAGUACAAUACUGUAAAUUGUAAAUAGUUAAUACGUAACUGUAUCAUAUGCUGAUCUGUGACUGUUGACAGCACUAAUCUGAUGGGAGCUAAGAUGAAAUAAAAUUUAUUUACUGUAUAAUUUUG